AUGGGGAAGACAGAGGGUGGAAGAGGCGACUUUGAAUGGGUCUACACGGACCAACCACACACUUCACGGAGGAAAGAAAUCCUGGCCAAAUACCCCCAGAUCAAGUCUCUGAUGGGCCCGGACCCCCAGCUGAAGUGGGUGGUCUCUGGGAUGGUCCUGACGCAGAUCUUUGCUUGUUACCUGGUGCAGGAUCUUCCCUGGAAGUGGAUCUUCUUCUGGGCCUACGCGUUCGGAGGCUGCAUUAACCACUCACUGACUCUGGCCAUUCACGACAUCUCUCACAAUGUGGCUUUUGGAAACAAACUGGCCAAAUGGAACCGCUGGUUUGCCAUGUGGGCCAACCUCCCCAUCGGAGUGCCCUACUCCGCCUCCUUCAAGAAGUACCAUGUGGACCACCACCGCUACCUGGGAGGAGACCAGCUGGACGUGGACAUCCCCACGGACCUGGAGGGCUGGUUCUUCUGCACUCCGGCCCGGAAGCUGGUCUGGCUCUUCCUGCAGCCGCUCUUCUAUGCUCUGCGCCCUUUGCUGGUGAACCCCAAACCCGUGGGUCAGCUGGAGAUCCAGAACGCAGUCUUCCAGCUCACAGCAGACUUGAUUAUUUUCUAUUUCUGGGGCAUAAAGCCCAUUGUCUACCUCAUCGCAGGCUCCAUCCUGUCCAUGGGCAUACACCCCAUCUCUGGACACUUUAUAGCAGAGCAUUAUAUGUUCCUCAAAGGACAUGAAACCUAUUCUUACUAUGGACCUCUGAAUCUGAUCACUUUCAACGUGGGGUACCACAUGGAGCACCACGACUUCCCCAGUGUUCCCGGCAGUAAACUCCCUCAGGUGAAGCAGAUCGCCUCAGAGUACUACGACAACCUCCCGCAGCACACGUCCUGGACCCGGGUUCUCUGGGACUUUGUGUUUGACGACAGCAUCGGUCCGUACGCUCGCAUCAAGAGAGAAUACAGCCUCAAGAUGAAGGACAAGAACAGGGACUGA